AUGCUGUUUGGUGUUUGUCUAUACUUAACGAACCUGUUCGUAAUUUCCGGUGUUGCUAACAUAUCGCUUUUCGUAGAAUCCGAUUCCUACAAUCCGUUGAAGGUCGAUGUUCUUCUACUGACACUUUUGCACCUUGGCGCUAAGUCGCUGAGUCACUCGUUUGCCGCCUUGUCGAAGUACGAAUUUUUGUGUGGUUUGCUUUUGUAUCAGAGCGCCCUGAAGAAUCUGGCGGAAGGCGACGAGAGGGUUCAGAUCUGUGUUCUGAAGUGUGUGUUUGAAAUGUGGUCCACGCACCAGCAGAUGGUGACCAUCAUCGUCGACAAGCUGCUGAAGAUGCACGUGAUCGAAUACUCGGCCGUCGUCCAGUGGGUGUUUUCUGAGGAGAUGCGCCAGGAGCUGUUAAAAAAAUACGUAUGGGAUAUUGUCUUGUCCGUGGCGGCGAAGCUACAUCAGCAGAUUUCCGAAGCCCGUCGCGAUUGCGCCAAGGCAGAGCAGAAGGACAAUGCCCAAAAAUCAGAUCACAUGGACAACGACAAGAGCGAUCACGAAACCACCUCGACGGCGCUUAACAGUUGCAGAGCAAAGCUUCAGGGUCUCGAAGAAACGCAAAAAAAUCUCUUUCUUGCCUUGUUUCAGACCGCCUUUGAAAGUCUUGUUCAUCCCGCGUACGGUGAGUUUACGCAUAUCCUUCUUCUCGGUUCAUGGUCCUUGAGAGAUAAACACUUCACGAGACUAAGGUACCAAUUUUUCAUAACGCAUUUUGUUGCGGAGGACCCGUAA